AUGAGCAAAGGUCUCGCCGUCCUGCUGCUCGUCGUCUCGCUUGCUCUGAGCUCCGGCGUCGGCUUCUGCGACGCGAGGAGUGGCAAGCACUGGAGGCAGAACAGGGGACCCUCCACCACCAUGUUCACAAGGAAAGGGAAAGGGAAGAACGGCGGCGGCUCCCCUCCCCACAGCCACAGGCAGUACGGCAAAGGGCACCAGAGUCCUGCAAUGCCGGCACCACCUAGUCCAGGUGGUGGUAAUGGCCACGCGUCGCCGUCUCCACCACCACCACAAGCACCGCCGUCGCCGCCACCGGAAGCGCCAUCGCAGGGCAUGGUGUUCAGCGUGGUUGCUUUCGGAGCACGGGGUGACGGAGUUACGGAUGAUACCCAGGCUUUUGAAGCAGCAUGGGCAGCAGCAUGCAAGGUGGAGGCAUCGACGGUUCUUGUACCACCUGAACUCGAGUUCCUUGUUGGCCCAAUCUCAUUUUCGGGCCCUAACUGCAAGCCUAACACUAUAUUCCAGCUGGAUGGAACCAUUUCGGCUAAAAUUGGCGCGAGAGCGUGGGGCUCCGGUUUGCUUCAAUGGCUCGAGUUCACGAAACUAAACGGGAUAUCAAUUCAAGGCAGUGGUGUCAUAAAUGGUCAGGGUAAAGAAUGGUGGACCUAUUCAGAUUCAGAUGAUGAUGAUGAUGAUGAUAUGGACUCAGUAAGGCCUGACCAUCUAACAGCUUCCUUACUUAAUAAACCAAUCAAAAGUAGACAAAUUUUAAUUGCUUACUUUGGAUGCUUCCAACAGUACACUGAUCAGGAGCUGGAGAAAAUGCCACAGAUUAAACCCACGGCGCUAAGGUUUUAUGGCAGUUCCAAUGUCAGAGUAACUGGUAUCAGCAUCAUCAACAGCCCGCAGUGCCAUCUGAAGUUCGAUAGCUGUCAGGGAGUCAUGGUUCAUAAUCUGACCAUCUCGUCCCCUGAGAAUAGCCCCAACACGGAUGGAAUACACCUGCAAAACUCCAAGGAUGUCAACAUUCACCACACUGACCUGGCCUGCGGUGAUGACUGCAUCUCCAUACAGACAGGCUGCAGCGACGUAAACAUACAUAAUGUGAACUGUGGACCAGGCCAUGGGAUCAGCAUUGGUGGCCUAGGAAGGUACAACACCAAGGCAUGUGUCUCCAACAUCACUGUAAGAGAUGUCAACAUGUUCAAAACAAUGACCGGUGUCAGGAUCAAGACUUGGCAGGGUGGCUCAGGGCUGGUCCAGGGCAUAAGGUUCUCCAACAUACACAUGUCAGAGGUUCAGACGCCCAUCAUGAUAGACCAGUUCUACUGCGACAAAACAUCGUGCACGAACCAAAGCUCGGCGGUGGCGGUUUCAGGCGUGCAGUAUGAGAACAUCCGGGGGACUUUCACGAUCAAGCCCGCCCAGUUCGCGUGCAGCGACAGCUCGCCAUGCUCGGAGAUCACCCUGACCGGCAUACAACUGAGACCCCUGAUCGUGCCUCAGUACCACACAUGCAGCAGCCCCUUCUGCUGGGAGGCCUUUGGGGAGCUGUACACUCCCACCAUCCCUCCUAUUUCAUGCUUGCAGCUCGGCAAGCCAGCCGGGAACCGCGUACUGUCGGACCACGAUCAGUGCUGA